AUGCUGGGUACUCUGGGGCUUUGGGUUCUGUUUCCCGCAGCUGUGCAAGCACCCCCAAGCAGGCGGACAUGUGUGUUCUUUGAAGCCCCCGGAGUGCGGGGAAGCACAAAGACACUGGGGAAGCUGCUAGAUGCAGGACCAGGGCCCCCCAGGGUUAUCCACUGCCUCUACAGUCGCUGCUGCUUUGGGAUCUGGAACCUGACCCAGGACCUGGCACAGGUGGAGAUGCAAGGAUGCCGAGACAGUGAUGAGCCAGGCUGUGAGUCCCCCCGGUGUGACCCAAGCCCCCGAGCUCAGCCUAGCUCUAGCUCCACUCUCUUCACCUGCUCCUGUGGCACUGACUUCUGCAAUGCCAAUUAUAGCCAUCUACCUCCUCUGGGGAGCCCUGGGACUCCUGGCUUCCAAGGUCCCCAGGCCAUCUCAGGCGAGUCCAUCUGGAUGGUGCUGGUGCUGCUGGGGCUCUUUCUCCUCCUGCUGCUGCUGGGCAACAUCAUCUUGGCCCUGCUACAGGGAAAGGCCUACAGAGUGAGAGGUGGGCUAGAGCCAGAGCCAGAGCCAGAGCCAGACUCAGGCAGAGACUGGAGUGCAGAGCUGCCUGAGCUACCUGAGCUGUGCUUCUCCCAGGUAAUCCGGGAAGGAGGUCACGCAGUGGUGUGGGCUGGGCAGCUGCAAGGCGAACUAGUAGCCAUCAAGGCCUUCCCCCUGAGGGCUGUGGCCCAGUUUCGAGCUGAGAGAGCGUUGUAUGAGCUGCCAGGCCUACGGCAUGACCACAUUGUCCGCUUUAUCACUGCCAGCAAGGGGGGCCCUGGCCCCCUGCACUGUGGGCCUUUGCUGGUAUUGGAGCUGCACCCCAAGGGUUCCCUGUGCCACUACUUGACCCAAAACACCAGUGACUGGGGAAGUUCCCUGCGGAUGGCACUGUCCCUGGCACAGGGCCUGGCAUUUCUCCAUGAGGAGCGCUGGCAGGAUGGCCAAUAUAAACCCGGUAUUGCCCACCGAGAUCUGAGCAGCCAAAAUGUGCUCAUUCGGGAAGAUGGGUCAUGUGCUAUUGGAGACCUGGGCCUUGCCUUGGUACUACCUGGCCUCACUCAGCCCUCAACCUGGGCCCCUACUCAACCCCAAGGUCCAGCUGCCAUCAUGGAGGCUGGCACCCAGAGGUACAUGGCCCCGGAGCUCUUGGACAAGACUCUGGAUCUACAGGACUGGGGCACAGCCCUCCGACGAGCUGAUGUUUAUUCUCUAGCUCUGCUCCUAUGGGAGAUCCUGAGCCGCUGCCCAGAUGUGUGGCCUGACAGUAGACCACCACCCUUCCAACUGGCCUAUGAGGCAGAACUGGGUAGCACCCCAACUACCUGUGAGCUGUGGACCUUGGCAGUGGAGGAGAGAAGACGUCCCUACAUCCCACCCACCUGGUACUGCUUUGCCACGGACCCUGGUGGCCUGAGAGAGCUCCUAGAGGACUGUUGGGAUGCAGACCCGGAAGCACGGCUGACAGCUGAGUGUGUACUGCAGCGCCUGACCGCCCUGGCCCCUCCUCAGGAGGCCCGCACCUUCCCAGAGGGCUGUUCACAUAGCUGCCCACUUCUCUGCCCAGAAGACUGUCUCUCAACUCCUCCCCACUGUCAUUCUCCCUUGUAGGCCUCAGCUGAGAAUCUGCCACUUUGGCGUUCAGCAAGGCCCUUGUUCCAGGACCCUCAACCGGCUGUUACCAUUCUCACGUGUAAACAUGCAGUUUUUGUGUCAUCUAUAUGCAAACAUACAUAUGGUGAACAUAGGCCUGUUUGCUCUGCCUCACCACUGCCUUUCCCAGUUGACAAAUGCUCGGAUCCUUCUGUGGACAUCCAGUCCACUGUAGUUCUGACCAGCUACAGAGGGCAGGUGUGCACAGGAAGAGAUAGUCAGCUUCCUUGGCCCCACGUCCAUAGGUCAUCCUCCCCUCUUGUGAUCCUGGGCUCCUCCUGGCUCUCUUCUUUUCCACAAGCCUUUAUUUGGUGAGAUCCCAUGAAGGGCAUUGGGAAAAGAGGGAUGAAUACAAUGAAAUUGCUGCUCUGAAGGUACUCAGAGACCCACAACUCACUUUGUUGGGGUCCUGUACAGCGUCUUUGGAGGGGGUGUCCUCUUCUGAAGCUCGUGUCAGAAGGCCUCACAGCAUAGGAUGCUUGAGCUGGGUCUUGAAUGAGCAGUUUUCCAGGAGUAUUGGGAGCAACAUAGCAUUCCUGGUCCAGUGGGACAUGGUAUCACAAGAUGCAGCAUGAAACUGCAAGUAACCUGAGUAGCAAAAGUGUGGGGUAUGUGACUGGGAGAGAGAAAAGCUGGCACGGAGAACUGUAGGCAAGGCUUUGUGAGCCGCAGUGAAAAGUUCCUUCCUUUGUUUCUUCUUUUUUUUUUUUAUUGGCUUUUCUUUCCUACCUAAGACUCCUUUAAUACUGGGUGCCCCUCAAGGCCAGUCUCGUUACAGGUGCCCGGUUUAUAACUCUAGCUCAGUUUCUAACUAUUCAAGUGCCAUUGGGCACAUUAUUUCCUCUUUCUAGGGCUCAGGUUCCUUAUUUGCCAAAUAACAGGUUGAGGGCCUUCUUGUCCAACCCCAGAAGAACAGUGGGGGAGCCCUGACUUCACUGCAACAGGAUUGCUUCCUGCUCAGUGACCAGCUAGCUCUGUGUCCACGGGAAAGUUAAGUAACCUUGGAAAUCUUAGUUUUAUCAUGUGUAAUGUAUGGAUAAAAACACUGACCCUGCUUGCAGGGUCAAUUCAAGGUAAAAAAACAAAGGUGACAGGUCAUACACAGUACCUGGUAGCAGUUGUGAUUGAGCACUGAGAUGAUCUCUGGCCCCCUUUCUAGCUCGGUUGUUCUUGAGUUCCAGGAUUAGCCUCUGGAGAGCCUAUGAGAUUUCACCUUCCUUCUGACUCAGCUCUCUAAUUCUCUGACAUCAUCACUUGGGUAGGAAGCUACCACCUGAAACUAAACACAUCAAAAUCCAAGCUCCUGCCUACCCCUCACCAACAGGUCUGCCUUCCCUUCUUCCCUGACUCUCAAGGACACCAAGUUUCUCUUGGUCCCAGAAGAUCCCAAUAAGGAAGCUGUUUUUGUCUCCUCCUGUGGGCCCAGCUCAUCCUACCCAUAUCCAUUCAGUUCUUAAGUGCCCCUGAGGUUGUGUGGGCAGGGCUUGCUUCUGGGCACCAACCCCCUUUCCUUCCUCCUGGGUCUGGCAGUCUCAACUGCUGAAAUUGCCUCCUGGCUGCCUAUUUUUUCCCCAAUCUAGAUUAAACGCCACUCUCUAAAUAAUCUUAAACAUAACUUUGCAUUGUAUUUUGCCUCUGUGCAACAGCCUAUUUGCCUGUUUCAUAACAAUCUUGUGAGUGGCAUUUACAGAGGAGGAAACCAAGGGCUCAGAGAAAUUUAGGAAUGUGUCUAAGGUCACACAGAUCUUAACACAGCAGGGAUUUUUAUCAUUAAAAAGGAUGUUUAUGAAAAUGCCAUAAAUUAUUAGAGAUGGACAAUGUCACAUGAAAAAAAAAAUCUGUAGCCCUGACUGGUGUGGCCCAGUACAUUGAGCGCUGGCCAGCGAACCAAGAGGUUGCUGGUUUGAUUCCCAGUCUAGGGCACAUGCCUGGGUUGUGGGCCAGGUUCCCCACUGGGGCCAUGUGAGAGGCAACCAA